CUCCAACGUCGGGCCAUCUCCUGCUCAGCUUGACUGACAUUUCGCGAUCCUCCCCCUCCACACCACCCCGUCAAUUGGACCCGAUCAACCCCGCUGGGAUCAUUCACCAUGUCCGCUCCCUCACUCGCCAGCUACAUCGUCAAGCGCCCCUUCCUCAAGCGCUGGAUGAUGCCCAUUGCCCAGUGGUACACCGAUGCCUCUGGUUACAGGAGACUCGGCUUGAAGGCUGAUGACCUGAUCCCCGAGGAGAACGACGUCGUCCAGAAGGCCCUUAAGCGUCUCCCUCCCAAGGAGGCCUACGACCGUGUCUUCCGCAUCCGCAGAGCAUUCCAGUGCUCCAUCUCCCACACCCUCCUUCCCGCUUCUGAGCAGACCAAGCCCGAGGAGGAUGUCGAGUACCUGAGCCCCAUCAUCCGCGAGAUCGAGAAGGAGAAGCAGGAGCGCGAAGACCUCGACGCCCUUGUCGUCAGACGGUAGAUUAUGCCUCUGAUGGCUUCGCUGAACUAGAUUACUUUUGUUACGGUAUACAAAAAUGCCGCUGGGGUUUUAUAGACGGGCGGGUAUCACUAAGUAUCAGAGAGAACUACUUGCUGUCCUGGCUCGGCUCGGCGGGCAUGCUGCGAAGAAGAGAGGGGG